AUGUAUGAAGAAAUGGAAUUAGAUUCUGAAAGUUUUUUUGAAGUCCCUAUUGAUAAGGAGAAAAGUGUUUUGCGCUUAAGGAGGCAAUUUAUGUCAAAAUAUGCCAAUACGACUGUUGAAAAUGUGUUGGGAGGCUCUGAAAUUGGUUCAUUAAACUUGGUUAAAAAUGUUUUUGAUAAUAUAAAUUCAUCUGAAAUUCAUAUUGUUAUACAAGAUUCUAUUAAGAAAUCCAGAAAGAAAGAAAAACUUGACUAUUAUGAUAAGAAGGGAUCUGAGAAAAAGCCUAUCUAUAAAUCAAAUUGGGAAUAUGAUGAGAAGGAGGGUGAUAAUGUACUUUGUAAUCCCAGUGAAUAUCCUGAUCCAGAUGAUUAG